GCUCUUCCCGUCCCCACCGCUCCCCUAACGUACACAUGCGACUCUCUCCCAUUUGAAUUCCCCCCCUGGCGAAAGACAAACGGGAGCACGGCGAAGGUGUAAGGGUCCACCAAGCUGCAGAGCACCUUCUUGAGGGAUAAAAGUGCCCAAGUGGUAGGUCGCCGUUGGGUGAACAACCUCGCCGCCUUCCCACACCGUGGCAGGUGCCUUCUCUUUUUGCGUUUGUGCAAAUGUGAGGAGGUGAAGAAGUGAGAAAGCGGCGAAUCGACGAAGCGACGAAGUGAGGAGGCGACGCAGCGGAGGGGAGCACUUCACUCAAGGGAGCUACUCGGAAGGCCGGCCCCAAGGCUGCCCACGAGCAGGCGGUUCAUCCCCUUCGGUUAUACAUUUCCCCUGGUGAGCACCCCAGCGGUCGUUUUAAGAGGAACAGGGGUCCCACCUUCCCGCAGAGCGGUGUCACUACAUAGUGGUAUCACUACAGAGUGGCUUCACCACAGAGUGGCCUCACCACGGAGUGGCGCCCCCAUGAACUUCGGAUUCAGCGGCAUCGACGAGCUGAACGGGCUGGACAAGGCCCUCAUUGAGGAGAUCGAAAGGGAGACGAAGGGCGCGGGGGACAACAAGCGGAAAUUUGACGUGUAUGAUGAGUACGAAUUGUUGCUAAAUAAGAAAAAGAAAAAAAAAAAAAAAAACGAGCAACUGGAAAGGAACCCCAUCUUAGCAGCCAAGGGUGGCCUUGAGCAGCCCCCCCAGGUGAGCUCACUCACAGGAUCUCCAUUCAAUAGAGAAUUCCAGAACCACUACAUUUUCAAUGACUACCACUUCCUGAGGGAGUACGUUUAUAAGAACAACUUAACUACGGACGAUAUAUUUUUUAAGCCCGAACAAGUGGAAGCUAGAUCCAGAAUCGAUUGUGCCAAAUUGGCUAGCAGUAAUGCAGACAUCGAUGAGUACCUCAAAAUUUACGACUGCAAUGAUAUUUACCCCCCCGUGUAUGUGAAGAAGUUGGCUGGUGAGGGGAAGCGGCUGGGGGGAAAGUACAUGGAAGGUCUGGCCGAUGAUGCGGAGGAACACCAGCAAGGCGGUGGAAGCUGCACGGGGAGCCCCUUCCUGAGACGAAACAGCCAAGGGUUCAGAAAAACGCUGGAGAAGGUCCUACGGGAAAUUAAAGAAGAGGAGCGGCAGCGGAAGGAGAGGAGGGAAAACCAGCAGACAGAGUUGGGCAAAGCCCACCAAGAGGAGGGAAAAACGGAAAAGAAGGAAACCCCCCAAGCGGGGAAAAAUCUGAAGCCGAAAAAGUGCGUCAAUUUUGUGGAGAAGUACAGAGCAAAAUAUUUUUCUGAGCUUCUAACAGAUGAAGCCAUCAACAGGGAAGUCCUCCUGUGGAUGAAGCAGUGGAGCGAGCGAAUAGGAAAAGGGCCAACCAGCUUGACAUCCACACAGGGAAAUGAAAGAAACGAGGAAGAGGAGGCCAAAAAGAACAGCGAAUUUCAACGAAUCUUACUUCUGGGCGGGUCAGCAGGAAAAGGAAAAACAACCCUAGCAUAUGUGGUCGCGAACCAUUUUAAAUUCAACGUGAUUGAGAUAAACGGAAGUGAUGACAGGAAUAAGGAGACGCUAAUCCCUCUGGUGGAGUCCAUCGUGUGUAACAACUCCAUAGGGUCUAAACCUAACAUAUGCAUCAUCGACGAGAUCGACGGCCUGACGAGCACGCAGCAAAAUAUCGAAGCGGUUAUGAAGUUCCUUACGAAGAAGGACAGGAGGAAUAGGAGCAUCAUCCGGAGACCAAUCAUUUGCAUAUGCAAUGACAUCUACCAUAAGAGUCUUAAGGAGCUACGAAAGAUAAGCAAAGUCGUUGUGGUGGAGAGCGUGAACCACGAGAUGCUGAAGGGGCGAAUCAACUUCAUCUGCGAGCGGGAGGGCAUCAGCAUCGGCAACGAGACGGUCAACAAGUUGGUGGACAUCUGCAAGGGGGACAUCCGGGCGGUUCUGAACACCAUCUGUUUUCUCAGCAUCGGCGCGGUUGGCGCUAUGAGCGGCGGUGUUGGAAGCGGCGGUGUUGGAAGCGGCGGUGUUGGAAGCGGCGGUGUUGGAAGCGGCGGUGCUGGUGGUGUCGCUAGUAGCGCUUCUGGCAAUGACCCGCUUCUUACCAGCCCGGGGCGGCCCCUCAAGCAGAAGCGCAAGGUGCCCAUCAGCAUGGAGCUGCUGAACGCCUACCUCUUCUAUAAAGACGCAAACAAUAACUACAUGGAGCUGCUGAACCUGAUUUACGUGAAGAACAAAAACAAAAAAAUAAUAAAACGGUUGCUGGAGGAGUGCCACCAGUUCUUCCACCGAAAUUUGGCCAACGAAUAUAACUACCUCCAAUCUUAUUACUAUGUCUAUGAUAAUCUGAUGAAUGUCCCUUUCAACGAUUUUGACUUUUGCAAGCUGAGUUACUGCCUGGAUUUCCUUAGCUUCUGUGAUACCCUGGAAUUUAGGCAGAAGCAGAAUUUGAGUUACUCUCUCCAGAAGACCCUCUUCUUCGUUGUGUACCUCUUCAUCCUUAUCAUUCACCUGAACAUGAAUUCGCAUGUGCAGUACAUCCUCAUGCACAACAGCCACAGCAACUUUAACAGAGCGAAGCAGAUGAGCAUGCGACAGAUGAAGGACAAUUUCUUAAAUGAGAGCUUCGGGGCUAUCACUUACAAGUACAUAUACUCCAAGCAUUUUUUCUUUGAGACUGUCAAUUAUAUUUUUUCCUUCUUCUACAUGAAUGGGUUCUUUUUUAGGAACGUCCACCUGUGGGGAACGGCUAGCUACUUCAACGAGUUGGAUGCCCCCAAGUAUCUCCUCGUCCCCUACCACUUUAAUAACGUCAGCAAGAUAAAGCUCUUCUGCUUAAAGCUGCUGCACCUGAUGACUUUGUUUAACGUCUCCUUCACCAACGUGUCUGUGUCUUCCUCCUCGCUGGGGCCCUUUCACUUCGGCGCGCCCAGGGCUGGCCACUCCGCAAGGGGGCAAGCGGUUGGCAAUUACGCAGUUGGUGGUGCCGCUCCUGGUGCCGCUCCCGGUGCCGCUACUUGCGAAGCGGAGAAGGCGUACGUGUUCGACCCGCACGUGGAGGACCUCCUGCUGUUCGCGGAGAAGAGGGAAAGCGGCUACCGGCAGCUCCAGCAGGCGGGCAAGCCCCAGACGGCCUCCUGCCAGGCGAGCACCUUCCACUUCCACACCCUGGAGAGCUUCCUCACCAACACCGUGUGCGAAAAGCUAAACGAAUUGAAAAAGUGGAUAAACAACCAGUCGAUUUAUUUCAACGAGAAGAAGAAGCAACCGAGUCAAAUGCAAGUCAUUAAGACCUCCUCCAACAAGAUGAGCAAAAAAAAAUUUGAAGUUAGCUACACCCCCAAUUUUGAAAAAUCCCUAACGGAUAUCAUACUGAUUGCACACCAGAAGGGGUACCGCAAGGCCUUCUCUUUUUAUUUCCCAAAUGAAGUGGCUCAAGAUGGCGUGGGUUCUACCUCCGGAAGGGUAGAUGCGAAAACGGGUUCUACGGAUCAACAGGCAAAAGGCGCACGAACUCCCGGGGCAAACCUCAAAAAUGAGCAAAACAUUUUGAAGACCAAGAUUUUGCACAACACGGGAGAUGCCGCCCUCACCAUCGCAGACCUCGUUAGGGAGGAAAAGAGCUACAUGGACCGCACCAUCAAUAGGCAAAAGGAAAUUUACUUCACGGGCAAGUACGUCAAGACCAAGGGCUACUACAAGAACGUCGAGGAGCGCUGCAACGCGGUUCUCCAGCCCCUCCACUUCUGCGUCUUCCAGGGGAGCUAGGCGGGGUUAGCACGGUUAGCAGCGGAUGGCGGGAUGGCGGUGGUUAUCAUGGCUAGCAGCGGAUGGCGGGGUGAAAACCUUUUAGCCGCUUUUUACCACCCCUAACCCUUCUAAUCACUCUGACCGCCCUGUUUCCCCAUUUCACCGGGGCGCCUCUCAAAGGGCCCCCCACAGGGCACCCAAUUCGAACAGCCCCCUCCAACUGGCACUGCGUAAUUUCCCUUUUUUCGGUUCCGCCGCUCGUCGGGGAGUAAGCAGUAUGUAGAUGUAACUUCGCGAAGGGGCGAUAUGUAAGGAGUCACCUUCGGCUCAUCACACCGGUG